AUGGCACUGAAAAAUCAAAGUGUAUGUGAUUUUAUUCUUUUAGGUUUUUCGGAAAAACAUAUUUUGCUUUCUUUACCCAUAGCAGUGAUGUACACAAUGAUUCUAAUGGGAAACCUUGUCAUUUUUAGCAUUAUUCACAUUGAUAAUCAUCUUCAGGCCCCUAUGUAUUUCUUUCUCAGCUACCUAUCAGUCUUAGAUAUUUGUUAUUCGUCAGUUACUUUUCCUGCAAUGCUUUUCACUUCCAUAACAGGUAACAGAAGGAUAUCCUUCAGCAGAUGUAUGACACAACUGUAUUUUUUCGUGUCACUUGGAGGAGCCGAGUGCCUUUUACUUGCAGCCAUGGCUUAUGACAGAUAUGUGGCUAUAUGCAGCCCACUGCAGUACCCAGUCAUCAUGAAUAAGACAUUCUGUUCACAACUAGUUGCCGCAUCUUGGUUCUGUGGCUUCUUUAACUCUGUGCUUCAUACAGUGAUGACAUCCAAACUGUCUUUCUGUGGCACUACACAUGUCAAUCACUUCUUCUGCGAUGUUCCACCUUUGUUAAAAGCAUCAUGUGCCGAUACACAAACCAGUCAGAUAUUAUUAUACAUUGUCAGUGUUUUCCUAGGAAUGACUCCUUUUGCAUUUGUGGUCCUCUCAUAUGUUCAUAUCAUUUCAACCAUCUUGCAAAUUCGUUCUGCUGCAGGAAGGCGGAAAGCUUUUUCCACGUGUUCUUCCCACCUCAUUGUCGUUACAGUGUUCUAUGUAACGGCAAAUUUUAAUUAUAUUGGUCCAGCUCCAGGAGAUUCUUUUGACGUUGUACAAUUAUCAUCUCUGUUAUAUAGUAUCAUGACACCUUUGUUUAACCCCGUAAUCUACUGCUUGAGAAACAAAGGUGUAAAACAGGCAUUGAAGAAAUCAUUAUUUGGUAAUCAUGUUUAUUUUUGA